GUUCCUUCACCGAAAGCGAGGACGAGGUGGCGAGGGGAGGGAAACGAUGGUGUCAGGCGCCUGUAUGCGAGUAAAACAUUUUUAUCUUGCAUGCAAGGAAGGCUCCUGCAUCCCCGCUGUUUUACACGUAAUUCGCAUUGUACACGAUUUGUAGCAAUUGGAGGUCUGUCAGCCAAAACCACUGGGCCUGCGUCAUAGCAAGCUCCUGCUGAGAUGCUUCCGGGAGCCGCGCGUGAUCCCACCCGACUUCUUCUCCCGGGAGCGCGAGAAGUUCCAGCAAGUUCGCUGUUUCCGCUCCUCCCACAUGUCCAAUAGGCUAGAGCGGAGCGGCCGGGAAGUGACGCCAGCGGGGUCCGGGCUCUUUCCGGUUCGGGCUUGGCGAGAGCGCGUUGUGGCGACAUGAAGCUGCUCACCCACAACUUGCUGAGCUCGCAUGUGCGGGGGGUGGGGACCCGUGGCUUCCCACUGCGUCUCCAGGCCACCGAGGUCCGCAUCAACCCCGUCGAGUUCAACCCGGACUUCGUGGCGCGUAUGAUACCCAAAGUAGAGUGGGCGGCGCUUCUGGAGGCGGCCGACACCUUGCAUCUGGUCGAGGUGCCCAAAGAGCCGAUUCAGGGAUACGAGCACGAUGAGACAUUCCUGAGGAAGAUGCACCACGUGUUGCUGGAGGUGGAUGUGUUGGAGGGCACCCUGCAGUGCCCAGAGUCUGGACGUUUAUUUCCCAUCAGCCGUGGGAUCCCCAAUAUGCUGCUGACGGAUGAGGAAACCAAGACCUGACACCGUGCCGGGCACCAGUUUGUCAUUCUGUGACCGUGUGUGUUUUUGUGUACAUAAGUCUUGUUUGCUAGUUCUGUCCUUUGUAUCCCCGACCCCGGGCCCAGUGACACACCAAACACAGUGUUAUUGAGCUUGAUAUUAUAUUCUUUUUUCUCAUUAAAGGUUCAAAACCAAAA